GAUGUCGUUAUAAUGUCACUCUUUGGAAAAUUAAAACAACCAGAAGAUUAUCAAGAUUAUAUAUAAAGCCAACAAGUCUGAGUUUUACUAAGCAACGAGCAAUAUCUUUCUGCUAGUCUGCUUUGAACUUGCAGGGGAAAAUGUCACUAAUCUAGAAAAGUAAGAAAGAAUGGCAGAAAGAGCAGUGAAUUAUCUUCUUGAAAAGCUUAUGCCCUUCUUUGAAAGCGAAUUUAAAUUGUUCACAAGGGUUGGAGAAGAUGUGGAGCACCAGAAAGAUAGAUUGGAGCUGAUCAGAUCCUUGUUAAGGGAUCCAGAUGAUUUGGAAGACGGUGAUGAGGAGCUCAAAAUUUGGGUUAGGCAAGUGAGAGAUGCUGUUCACGAGACUGAAGAUCUUCUGGAUGAAUUAGAGCUUCUUCAGAUACAUAAUCACUCAGAUGGAUUCUCUGUUUCUCUUAGGAAGAUUUCUUGCUGUAUCAGAAACAUGAAAGCUCGAUAUCGGAUCGCCUCUGAAUUGAAAGACAUGGAUUGCCGAAUGAGAAAUAUUUUGUCAGAGCACCGGAGAUUCAUCAGUAGAUAUGAAGCUUCUGUUCAUGCUUCAAAUUCCAUUUCUGCAGAUAACACAUGGAAUGAUCAAAGAGGGGAUGCUCUUCUCCUGGACAAUAAUGAUCUAGUGGGCAUAGGCAGACGUAAAAAUAAGUUCAUCCAGUGGUUGGUUACAGGUUGUUCCAGCCGCAGAGUAAUUUCUGUAACUGGAAUGGGAGGACUGGGGAAGACAACCUUGGUGAAGAAAGUAUAUGAUGACCCAGAAGUAAAAAGACAUUUCAAAACCUGUGUCUGGAUUACUGUUUCUCAAUCUUCUAGUACUGAGGAACUUCUUAAAGACACAGUUGAACAACUUUUUUACGAAAUAAGACAGCCAGUUCCAAGAGGCUUGGAAAGCAUGAGCACCGUUAAGUUGAAGGGGAUUAUCAAGAAGUUGCUGGAGAGAAGGAGAUAUCUGGUGGUGUUUGAUGAUAUGUGGCACAUGUAUGAAUGGGAAGCUGUCAAAUAUGCAUUGCCUAACAACAAUUGCAGCAGCAGAAUUAUGAUCACCACAAGAAAAACUGAUUUAGCCUAUAUGUCCAGCUUUGAAUCCAAAGGCAAGGUCUAUAACAUGCAAUGUUUGCCAGAAGAGGAAGCUUGGGAUCUAUUUUGCAGAAAAACAUUUCCUGAUCAUUCAUGCCCCUCAUAUUUGGUGUGCAUAUGCAAGAGUAUCUUGAGAAAAUGUGAGGGUCUUCCCCUUGCAAUUGUGGCCCUCAGUGGUAUUUUGGCUACAAAAGACAGGUGCGCCAUAGAUGAAUGGGACAUGAUUUGCCGCAGCAUUGGAGCUGAAAUUCAAGGCAAUGAUAAGCUUGAUAAUUUGAAGAAAGUACUUGGUCUCAGUUUCAGUGAUUUGCCUCACCAGUUGAAGCACUGUAUCUUGUACUUGAGCAUCUUCCCUGAGGCCUAUCUGAUUAAGCGGAUGAGAUUGAUUCGGUUAUGGAUAGCAGAAGGAUUCAUUGAAGCCAAAGAAGGAAGAACAGUCGAAGAAGUUGCAGAGGAUUAUCUCAAGGAGCUUUUGAACAGGAACUUGAUACAAGUAGCAAAGACAACAUCAGAUGGAAGAGUCAAAACCCUCCGCAUCCAUGCCCUUCUGAGAGAAAUCCUCAUUUUGAAAUCCAAAGAUCAAAACUUUGCGGCCAUUGUCAAAGAGAAAAGUGCAGCAUGGCCAGAAAGGACUCGACGCCUUUCAGUGUUUAGUUCAUUGCCAAAAGGACAGCAUCAAAGGUCUGUUUCCCAACUUCGUUCCCUUUUCAUGUUUGGAGUUGCAGAGAAAUUGUCCCUUCACAAAUUGUUUCCAGGUGGUUUUAGAUUGCUUAAUGUUUUAGAUCUUGAAAAAGCACCUUUGAGGAAGUUUCCAGUACAAAUAACUAACCUAUAUCAUUUGAAGUAUCUGAGUUUAAGAAAAACAGAGGUGAAAAUCAUUCCAAGUUGUAUUGGGAAGUUGCAGAAGCUAGAAACACUGGAUGUCAAAUACAGUUCUGUCACAGAAUUUCCUGCAGACAUAACAAAUCUUCACAAACUUCGCCAUCUCCUGGUAUAUCAUCAUCGCUCCAAAGUAAGAAGUUAUGCAAAGUUCCAUUCCAAAUGUGGUUUUAAGGCCUUCCAUGAGAUAGGAAAUCUACAGUCACUACAGAAACUUUGUUUCAUAGAGGUAGAUCAAUGCAGCAGCACUACAAUAAAGCAGCUAGAAGGGCUAACUCAAUUGAGGAAGCUAGGCAUCUUGAAGCUAAGAGAGGAAGAUGGCAGGGCUUUCUGUUCAUCGAUUGAGAGGUUAACUAAUUUACGUGCACUCUCAGUUACCUCAGAGGGUAAGAAUAAGGCCAUUGAUCUAAGGUUCCUAUCCUCACCUCAUCCAUUUCUUCAGCGCUUGUAUUUGUCAGGACACCUGGAUGAGCUACCAAAAUGGAUACCUUCACUCCACAGCCUGGUCAAGCUAUUUCUGAAAUGGAGCAAUUUAAAACAUGAUCCAUUGGUAUAUCUUCAGGAUUUACCCAACCUUGCACAUCUUGAACUCCUUCAAGUUUGUGAUGGCCACAUACUGUGUUUCAAAUCUGGAAAGUUCAAGAAGCUUAAGGUUUUAGGUCUUGACAAGUUUGAUGAACUCAGACAGGUGAAUGUGGAGGAGGGUGCAAUGCCUUGCCUGGAAAAGCUUAUCAUCCAGCGCUGUAGACUGCUAAAGAAUGUGCCAUCAGGCAUACAAUACUUGACUAAGCUAAAAGUCCUUGAGUUUUUCGAUAUGCCUGAUGAACUGAUCAUGACAUUAUAUCCAGAUGGAAGAGGGGAAGAUCACUGGAAAAUAGCACACAUACCAGAAGUCUAUUUCACCUACUGGAGAGACGGUGGUUGGGAUGUUUAUACAUUAGAGGGUUUCAAAGAGAGUUCUCCUCGAUCAGGUAUUGUCAUGAGAAGCCAUGAACAUCGCAAUCUAUGGAAAGUGUGAUUGCAGAUUGCAUUAUAUACAAUUGCUAAGUCUCAUAUCUGUAAAUCACAUUGCACAGAAGCCAGAUCAUCAAAUAAAGGUUUAUGUUUUAGUUCACCUUCAUCUAAGAUUUAACAGAAGACUCAUUGUAUCUGUUAUCAUAAUUCUGCGGAGUGUAAUGGACUUGUAAAUUCAAUGAAUAAAUCCCAUACUUCUUUUUUGUUCUGACU